AUGAAUGAAGUUGAUCAAGUGGCAUUUGAUGGGGAGGUGAGCUCAGAGAUGGUGGAGAUCUUCAGGAAACACAUCCAGAGAAUCCGCUACCCUCAGUCCAUCUUCGCACAUUCGCUUCCACUUGCGGGCCAGACCCUCCCCCAACUCAUCCUUCCCAAACAGAAGGAGAGAACACACCCUGUCCAAGACCAUUGUGAGAGGAGCCAAGAGAGCUGGGAUGAUCACCAUGGGCCGUCAGAGUCGACCACGCUGAAGAAGAGCGACAGAGAGUCGAUACCUGGCCCGGAUAUACAUCUCGUGUCAGAUGAGGGCGAGCCACCCCCCAGCAGCACGUUGAGGGCGUCGGAGAAGUCCACCAUGGAGCAGCUGGUGGAGCGGGCGUGUUUCCGUGACUACCAGCGGCUGGGCCUGGGAACCAUCACAGCCAGCUCCUCCCGCUCUAAGACCGGAGGGCAGUUCAGAGUCACUGCAGUCAACAGACUCUACUCCCUCUGCCGCAGUUACCCAGGGCUCCUGGUGGUUCCCCAGUCGGUGCAGGACAGCAGCCUGCAGAAGGUGGCCCGUUGUUACAGACACAACCGCCUGCCAGUGGUGUGUUGGAAACACCCCCGCACCAAAGCUGUGCUGCUACGAUCCGGAGGCAUCCACGGCAAGAGUGUUGUGGGACUCUUUAAGUCCCAGAACCAAUCUUCAACAGCCCCUGCCAACUCUUCAGAGUUGUCCAGUAGUCUGGAGCAGGAGAAGUAUCUACAGGCCAUCCUCAACUCCAUCCCCGUCUACUUCAAACUGAACGGCAGUAACACUCUGUCCAACCGCUCUCUCAUCGGCCUCUCACCAGGCAGUGAAAGGAGGACAUCUAGAAUACCAAAGAUGGCCCCCGUCCAUUUGGACAUGCCCUUCUCCAACAGCUUUGCCAGAGGAGUGCUUGGGUACAGGGAUAAGCUAUUCACUCAUUCAAACCAAAAACCUACCGCUAAGGGGAGAAUCCAAAAUCAAGGUGUCUGGGCCAGCCUGCGUUCCAGCAGCCGCUUCAGCCAGCACCCGUCUGCAGCCGAUGUUGGCGCCAGGCUGGCAGGGAAGGAUUUGGCGCCCCCUGCAGGCAGCGAGAGCCUGCAUGCCCAGCUCCUCAAACAGCAGGCUGCCCUCUACAUUUUUGGAGAGAAGUCCCACCUCAGGGGCUUCAAACUGGACUCUACGCUGAACUGUGAACUGGUGCCUGUGGACUUUGCUGACACGCGGCAGAUCAAAGGUGCCUUUAAGAAGCUGCUGAGGGCAUGUGCUCCGAGCGCUACGUCUUCAGACACAGAGGACUCCUUCCUCAAAGCCCUGGAGGACUCUGAGUGGAUCCUUCAACUUCACAAGCUCCUGCAGCUGGCCCUGAUUCUGGUGGAGCUGCUGGACAGUGGCUCAUCUGUCCUGCUGAGUCUGGAGGAUGGCUGGGAUAUCACCACACAGGUGGUGUCCCUGGUCCAGCUGCUGAGUGACCCGUUCUACCGGACCCUGGAGGGCUUCCAGGUGCUGCUGGAGAAGGAGUGGCUGUCCUUCGGCCACAAGUUCAGCCAGCGCUCCAACCUGACCCCCAGCAGCCAGGGCAGCGGCUUCACGCCCAUCUUUCUGCAGUUCCUGGACUGCGUGCACCAGAUCCAGGACCAGUGCCCCUUGGAGUUUGAGUUUAAUCAGCACUAUCUGAAGUUCCUGGCAUACCACUACAUCUCCAACCGCUUCAAGAACUUCCUCCUGGACUCCGACUACGAACGCCUGGAGCAUGGCACAUUGUUCGAGGACAAGCCGGGUGACAAGCAGGCCAGGAGGGGGGUCUGUAUCUGGGAGUGUAUCAGCAGAAUGCACCGAAGGAGUCCGCUGUUCUUCAACUACCUGUACAGUCCCACAGAGGCUGAGCCGGUGCUCAAGCCCUCUAUUAGCAUCCCUGCUUUGAGGAAGUGGGACUUCUUCACGGGGGAGACCCUGUGCACAGGCCCGUCCUAUGACUGGAGGAUGCUGGCUGUCAGGUCGGAGAGCAUGGAGGAGACAGACACUAUCGCCACCAGCAAGAGGAGGAUCGUGUGGCCCUGCUACAGCAGUGUGGGGCGCGCCCAGCCUGACGCCAUCACCAAGCUCCUGGCUGACAUAGAGCGGCUGGAGGGGGAGAUGAGCCAAGCACCAGAGAGGUGGCAGGCCACUCUGGAGAGGGUCAGAGUCAGCAUCCAGGAGGACCUCAAACAGGAGGGAAAUCUCCGCAAGCAGUCUGCGUCCAUCUCGGGGCUGAUCCCCACGUCCAGUCUGCAGGCAUUCCAGAGACGCUCCAUGCUGCACCUGCCUGACAGUGGCCUGGGGGAGGACAGCAGCCCCACCGCCACUAACGGGGUCAACCGCCGGGCCGCCACGCUCUACAACCAGUUCACCCCCAAGAACGAGGAAAACAGAUCCUUUGAGGGGAUUCUGUACAAACGAGGAGCACUGCUGAAAGGAUGGAAACCUCGCUGGUUUGUUUUGGACAUUACAAAACACCAGCUGAGGUACUACGACACGGGGGAGGACACUAACUGCAGGGGCCAAAUUGACCUGGCAGAGGUGGAGUCAGCUCUGAUCACAACCCCCACCAUAGGAGCUCCUAAACACAUCAGUGAGAAGGCCUUCUUCGACCUGAAGACCACCAAGCGAGUGUACAACUUCUGCGCCUCGGAUGCCCAGAGCGCCCAUCAGUGGAUGGACAAGAUCCAGAGCUGCAUCUCUGAUGCAUGACCUCUGAACUCCUCAGCCACGGCUCGGUCGGGGUGUGGUCAGAUCACAGCAUUAACACUAGGUGCAGCAACGUGGCUGAGAGCAGAGACUGUGGGCACAUAUAUACAGUACAUAUUCAGCUCAGUCACCAUGGGAGUGGCUUUACCAUGAGGACCACAGUGAUCUAAGUGCCUGUAGGGUGGAGGAUAUGUUAUCAUGUUAUCUAUCAAUCCAUCCUGCUGCCUUGCAGGACUUCAGGCAGUCAUCACUCUGUCUGUCUGUCUGCCUGACAGCUUUAGUAAGAGUUGAUGAAUGUGUCCUGGUCUCUGCUGUCAGCUCUCUCUGUACUGUACCUUGUUACUGCUACAGGGAUCAACACUUAUAGCGAAAAAUAAAUGGCAAAAACUGAUGCCUGAGCACUACUAAGGAUAGUUUAUGCCAUUUCAGUUGUAAAUAGAUCAAAAGCAAUAGCACUGGCCAUUUUAAACUGUGGGUUCUAUAUAUAAACUAAGAUAUAUAUAUAUAUAUAUAUAUAUAUACA